AGUGGAGCAGCGCACGUGUUCCAGCCGGAAGCGUCUGCUGGGGCUGGAGAUUCCUGGGGAUGGCAACCGAAAUGGAGGCGCAGAGCGCCGGGGCCGAGGACGGGUUCACCCAGGUCACCCGCAAGGGUGGCCGGCGGGCGAAGAAACGGCAGGCUGAGGCGCUGUCCGCGGCGGCGGAGGGCGGGGACGCGGGCCGCAUGGACACGGAGGAGGCCCGGCCCGCGAAGAGGCCCGUGUUCCCGCCCCUCUCCAGGGACGGAUUCCUGGAUGGGAAAGAAGAAACAAGGAAAAUCCCGGUACCAUCUAACAGAUAUACGCCAUUAAAAGAGAACUGGAUGAAGAUAUUUACUCCUAUUGUAGAACAUUUGGGACUUCAGAUACGCUUUAACUUGAAAUCGAGGAAUGUAGAAAUCAGGACUUGUAAAGAAACCAAGGAUGUUAGUGCCCUGACAAAAGCAGCCGAUUUUGUGAAAGCCUUUAUUCUCGGGUUUCAGGUGGAGGACGCACUUGCCCUCAUUAGGUUGGAUGACCUCUUCUUAGAGUCUUUUGAAAUUACAGAUGUGAAGCCCCUAAAGGGAGACCACCUGUCAAGGGCAAUAGGACGGAUUGCUGGCAAAGGAGGAAAAACCAAAUUCACCAUAGAGAAUGUGACACGGACGCGGAUAGUUCUAGCUGACGUGAAAGUUCACAUCCUUGGCUCUUUCCAAAACAUCAAGAUGGCAAGAACUGCCAUUUGCAAUCUCAUCCUGGGAAAUCCUCCAUCGAAGGUUUAUGGCAAUAUUCGAGCUGUGGCUAGCAGAGCAGCAGAUAGAUUCUGAUUUCAAAUCAGUUUUCUUCUUGCCUUUGGACUCUAGAGUAAAAGACCUUGUAGGUGGUCACGAGGAACCACGUGAAAAAUUUUUCAGUCACUUUAAGCCGCAGUCUCUUCUUCAGUUCUCAGCAAAGAAGUAUAAACAGAAAGGGAAAGUUUGACACUUUUCACUCAACAGCUUUGAGGAUAAUUUAAGUAUCAAAAUUCAGUACCAUUAUUAAACAUCAAUUAUAAUUUUUUUCAUUUUAAAUUACAUGUAACAGAUUUGCAGUUUCUAAUUCUCUCAUUUGGAGGGAAAAUUCUUUUCUGUAUGAAUUUAUAAGUUUUUUUACUUAUAAAUUUAUAAACAUUUCUUCUCUAUGAAUUGUAAUUAAAGCACUAUCUCAGAAAACCUCUCUGAAUCAUGACCCUUAAUACUGGUAGGGUGUGGCUAUUUUAGAAUCAGGUCGUAAGCAGCAGUUUGGCUACACUGUGUGAACCAAGAAGGCUAAUCUUUGUACCUGUUUUGCCACUUGUAAAAUUAAAAUUAAAGACAUAUCACAACACA